GUUCUGAAAAUAGCCUAAGCGCACGGUUAACAGACGGCAAAGGUCGUUCGUUUUUUUAGUGUCGAGUUCGCGUUGUUUGUUCGCGGUUAUGAUGGCUUUAAAUAAGUUAAGUUUCGAGUGUUUAAGAAGUGUAAAAAAUGGAUUAUUUAAAGAUGCGAGGGUAUUACAGGUAGCUAGGGUUAAAAUGAGUCAUUUUACGUAUAUGCCCGACGCAAAACCACCUGUUGGAGGUGAAAUGUUAAAAAUGAAUAUGUUCCAAGCGAUUAAUAAUGCUUUAGAUUUAGCAUUAAAAACGGACGAUUCAGCGAUAAUUUUUGGCGAGGAUGUAGCUUUUGGAGGGGUUUUUAGAUGUUCAAUAGGUUUACAAAAGAAAUAUGGUCCGGAGAGGGUGUUCAAUACCCCAUUGUGUGAACAAGGUAUUAUCGGAUUUGCUAUUGGGGCAGCCAGUGCAGGUGCUACUUCAAUUGCGGAGAUUCAAUUCGCAGAUUAUAUUUUCCCAGCUUUCGAUCAAAUAGUUAACGAAGCCGCUAAAUAUCGUUAUAGAAGCGGAGACCAAUUUGAUUGUGGAAAAUUAACGAUUCGAGCACCUUGCGGGGCUGUCGGACAUGGUGCUUUGUACCACUCACAAAGUCCUGAAGCUUAUUUCGCUCAUACACCUGGUAUAAAGGUUGUGGUACCACGCGGUCCAAUAAAGGCCAAAGGACUGCUAUUAGCAUGCAUUAGAGACCCAGAUCCCUGUUUAAUUUUCGAACCUAAAUGCAUGUAUCGUGCUGCGGUAGAACAGGUGCCGGUUGGCGAUUAUAUUUCUCCAAUUGGAAAAGCAGAUGUUCUCAAAAAAGGUGAUAAAAUAACUUUGAUUGGUUGGGGAACCCAAGUUCAUGUUCUUCUCGAAGUUGCGCAACUCGCCAAAGAAAAAUUUAAUAUUUCUUGUGAAGUUAUUGAUUUAGUUUCGAUCGUUCCUUGGGAUAGAGAUACGAUAAUUGAGUCGGUUAAAAAGACGAAAAGGGCUUUAGUUGCACACGAAGCACCUCUCACCGGUGGGUUUGGGGCUGAAUUAGCUGCAGCUAUUCAGGAAGAUUGUUUCUUACAUUUAGAGGCUCCUGUUGCAAGAAUAACCGGGUUUGACACUCCGUUUCCCCAUAUUUUCGAACCCUUUUAUUUACCCGAUAAAUGGCGUUGUUUGCAAGCGAUAAAAGAUUUAAUCGAUUAUUAAUUUAUUUAAAAAGAAUUAUGUAACAGAUUAAAAAUUGAGGAAAGUGAUGAUUCAAAAAAGGAGUUUUCUUUUUUAUUGAACAAAAAAAAGUUUCCUCCGUUUAAUCACCUUUGAAAGGAAGGAGAAACUAUCGCGGUUAUCGUUAGAGAUCGUUUCCUGUUGCUGUUUAAAAUUCUUCAAAUAAAAUACAACUUCCUUUA